ACAGGUCCACAGGCUUGUUAAAUUCCCUCAUCUAUCAUGGCUGCUUCCACAAUGGCCCUCUCCUCUCCUUCCCUCGCCGGAAAGGCAGUGAAGCUCACCCCAUCCAUCUCUAAUCUUCUCGGUGAAGGAAGGAUCACCAUGAGAAAGACAGUCCCGAAAUCCGUCUCAUCCGGCAGCCCCUGGUACGGCCCUGACCGUGUCAAGUACUUGGGUCCCUUCUCCGGUGAGCCUCCAUCCUACCUCACUGGUGAAUUCCCCGGUGACUAUGGCUGGGACACAGCUGGGCUUUCGGCCGACCCUGAAACCUUCGCAAAGAACCGGGAGCUUGAGGUCAUCCACUGCAGAUGGGCCAUGCUUGGAGCUCUUGGCUGCGUCUUCCCUGAGCUUCUUGCACGCAAUGGCGUCAAGUUUGGUGAGGCAGUUUGGUUCAAGGCUGGUGCACAGAUUUUCUCUGAAGGUGGAUUGGACUACUUGGGCAACCCAAGCUUGAUCCAUGCACAGAGCAUUCUAGCCAUUUGGGCUACACAGGUGAUCUUGAUGGGUGCUGUUGAGGGCUACCGUGUUGCUGGUGGGCCGCUUGGUGAGAUCACCGACCCAGUCUACCCCGGUGGCAGCUUUGACCCACUUGGCCUUGCUGAUGAUCCUGAGGCUUUCGCUGAGCUCAAGGUGAAGGAGAUCAAGAAUGGCAGGUUGGCCAUGUUUUCCAUGUUUGGGUUCUUCGUUCAGGCCAUCGUGACUGGCAAGGGACCUUUGGAGAACCUCGCUGACCACCUUGCUGACCCUGUUAGCAACAAUGCCUGGGCCUAUGCCACCAACUUCGUCCCCGGCAAGUGAGUGAGAGUAAAGUGGAACAAUUCCUUCAACAAUUUGUGGACGAAAUUGCACAGAAAUGAGUUGGUUGUUAGUCAUAUAAAUUGAUUCAACCUUGUAGAAAAAUUGAUGCAAACUUAAUGGAAAAGAUGUGAUUUUUUGUAUAACAGU